UUCUGGCGACAAAUCAACAGGGGCAACUCAAUAUGAGUCUAGGCUCUUCUCUAACUCCCAUUGGAAACUCCUCCUGGCUAUCGCCUUCUGGUUUAUAUGCUUUUGGCUUCUAUCAGCAAGGAAAUGGUUUUUCUGCGGGAAUUUUUGUUGCAGGAAUACCUCAGAAGACUGUUGUUUGGACAGCAAAUCGCAAUAACCCUCCGAUUCAAGGAAAUGUUACCUUGCUUCUUACAGGUGGAGGAAGACUUGUUCUUCAAUCAGCAGAUGGCCAAGAAAUAUCCAUAGUAAAUACACAUGAACCUGUUGCAAAAGCAUCUAUGUUUGAUUCAGGGAAUUUUAUUCUCUACAAUUCUGAUCAGGAGAUAAUAUGGCAGAGUUUUCGGAACCCGACUAAUACAAUAUUACCAGGUCAAAGUCUCUUGGCAGGGGAAGAGCUGUUUUCAAGUGUUUCAGCAACCAACCAAUCAACGGGGAUCUUUCGUCUAAAGAUGCAAAACGAUGGAAAUCUUGUGCAGUACCCAAAGGAUACUCCAGAUGAAGCAGCAUAUUCUUAUUAUUCAUUAUUUACAGAUGAUAGAGGUGAAAAUGUGUCACUAAAUCUUGAUGUCGAUGGCUAUCUUUACCUGGUUCAUUCUACUGGGUUCAUUAUAAAAGAUCUUACUCCAGGAGGCUAUUCUACAGAAGGAACAAUCUAUUUGAUGAAAAUUGACACGGAUGGGAUCUUCCAACUGUAUUCGUUUAAAUUAAAUCAGAACAGCAUUGUGUUGAUUGUAUGGGCUUCUUCGGAUGAUAAGUGUUCCCCAAAGGGUCUCUGUGGCCUAAACAGAUAUUGUGUUAAAAAUGAUCGAGAUAUUUACUGUCAAUGUCUUCCAGGAUAUUUAAUUAGUGGAGAGGGAGGCUGUCAAAAGAAUUUCUCGACCGAGAACUGUGAAAGCAAGGAUGGAAAUAUCAAAUACACUAUUGAUAGAGUUGCAAAUACCAAAUGGGAGGACGCUUCAUAUUCCAUUCUGUCAUUGCCAACAGAAGAAGAAUGUGAAAAGGCAUGCUUGGAAGACUGUAGUUGUGAAGCUACGAUGUUUAAAGAUGGUGAAUUCAUCUACCCCUAAGAAAGAAGAAAAACCUGAAGAUGCUCUCUUCAAGGAUCUUGUUGAUUUUGCUAAAUCCAAGUCAUCGUCUUCGCCAAAGCCCAAUAGGUCAUUUUAAGUCGAGUGAGUAGCAGAGAGUACUUGUGAUGCAGGUUUGGAGUAUAUUGUUAGUUGAUUAGGCUUCGCAUCAGAUAAAUAAACAUGGGUUUCUGAUUUUGGAUUCUGGUUUGACGUUGCUCUUUAGCCUGUUAAUCUUUUCAAUCAACUCCUCAUCGGAUAUUAUUUUGGUAUAUAUGCUCCAGUAUAUCAAUGUAUCAUAUGAUUCUAUUUGUUUCUCUACUGCUUCUUCCUCUUCAA